GCUCACACCUGUGCAUAAUCACCCGCGCGCCUCCCGCCCCGUCUCUGGAUCAAACCGAGCACACAAACUUCCCUACGCCUUCACAACGUGCAUCUGCGCCGCUCUUUUCUUAAUCCACGCACAGAUUUUGUCGCAGUGAGUUUUUAAAGGCGAAGAGAAACUUUAAAACGCCACAUAAUAGAUGAUCGGAAGCUGCGUUUUCAUGGUUUUAUUUGGGAUGUCCGGAGGAGCGAGUUGACCUAGUGACUACCGCAGAAGGAGGGGAGAGGAAAGCCGCACUGGGACGUGGAGUCGGCCGUGAGAAAAAAAAGCGAGACCCCGGGGAAAGAGCCGGGACUGUUGGAGGAGACCGGUCCAGACCCCUGUAGGCCUGACGACGCAGGACAGAGUGGAGGUCGUUGGGGCCUUGGACUGUCCAGCUCCGGACUCCUUCUGCACCAUGGGAAACCAGGCUGGCAAGGACAGCCAUGGAUCCACAGGAUCUCCUCUGGACUUCUUCCAGACUCCUCCCACCACUCCCUCAGAGUCAUUGCUCAGUGCAAUGAUGGCCUCCUCCCGAGCCUCAUCUGACUCAGCCACUACUCCGCAGACAGCCUGCACCACCCCCUUCACCCCCAACUCACCCCUCCCGGACUGGGCACACAAGCUGUCCACUGGCUCUGAAUGGGCUGUGAUCAGCGUGGACAGUCUCACCAAUGUAAGCAGCGAUACUACGGCAGUACUGAACCCGGACAGUCCCCGAGAGGAGGCUCAGUCAUUGGGGUCGCCCUCGGAGCACAGCUGGCAGGAGCGGGACAGUGGGCUGGAGCCACAGGCUGGAGUGGAAAAGGCCAGUGAGGAGAUGUCCCUGGUGCUACUGAGUCUGAUGGAGCAUUACCAGAGCUCCAUGGGACUGGCACAUAACCCAGAUCUCACCUCAGGAGCAGUCGAGCUUCUUAGACACUUGAUAACAGAGAGGGAUGCAUUAAUUCAAGAAGUGCAGACACUGAGGGAGACGCUGCGGACAGAGAGGGAGGACUGGCAGCAGUUCCAGUGCGACCUGCAGGUGGCAGUGUCUGUGGCUGACAGACUGAGAGUGGAGUCGGAUCAGGCUCUGGACUCACUGCAGGACAAAUGUAAGGCCUUAGAGGAACAACUACUCCAGGCCUUAACCAGAGAACAGGACAAAGACACACAACUGGAGAACUUGAAAACCGAUCACAAAGUGGCCUGUCGCAAACUCAUAGAGCUCACUCUGCAGAAGCAACAAGCAGCCAGACACACAGGGCAGAGCUGUGAAACAGAGAGACAGGAUUCUGAGAUAAGACAGGACAAGAUUGUCAAGGAUGAGCCACAAAUUGUUGCAGAAAAGUCUGAGGAAAAGUUCCCAGAUGUGCUUCAAAAUACUGAGAACUCCAGUGAAACAGGAAGUGCUAGUCUGACCGGAAAGGGCGUGGCUGAGUGUUACCUCCGCAGUUUAGUUGCUUUGGAGAGAAAGAAGGAGAGGACUGGUCUGCUGAGAGACUCCAGGAGGAUUGUGAUGCUGUCCGAACGAUCCUGGAGUCUCUCUCGCCUUCCCCUUCCAUCUGAGGGUCUCAACAUGCAAGAAGAAAACACAAGCACAACACUGCCACUAUGCAAGAAAGAAGAAACCAAAGGAAAGAGGAUGGACAGAGUUUUACAGCGACAAGACAGCUGGUCCAGCUUUUACACAGUUUCAGUAAAAAAAGAAGAUACUGAUUUUAUUAAACCGCAAGAUGGAUUCAGUGCCCUGCUGCGGCGUCAUGGCGGCUCCAGAAGAAACUCUCUGCUGCGCUGGUGCCAGGAGCGAACACAGGGCUAUGAGAAUAUUGACAUAACAAACUUCAGCAGCAGCUGGGAGGACGGCCUGGCCUUUUGUGCUUUGUAUCACACAUAUUUACCUGGUGCCAUCCCCUUUGACACCCUCAAACCUGGAAAUAAGGAUCAAAAUCUUAGUCUUGCCUUUAAGACGGGGGAGGCUGCAGGAAUUACUGCCACACUGACAGUGGAGGACAUGCUUAAAGUGGAUGGACCAGACUGGCAGACUGUACUGAGUUAUGUUGAAAGUAUCUUUCGUCACUUUGAGAUGUGAGGAGAGCUUUUUUUUUAUUUGUGACUGAAUCUUCUAUAGUAUCAACUGUGAAAUGAAGCCUUGUGCAAUUUGAGUUUUACUUAAUUUUAUGUGUGUGAUUGAAUUCUACUAACACAGUAGUGACACAGGAUAUAAGGCUGUUGGGUGACUUUGCACAACACACAUGAUGAUUUAGAAUACAGUGGUUGUUUAUAUUCAGAAAAUGUGCACUUUUUGGAUGACACCUGGGUGACAGUUGUUUUGUUGAGCACCUUAUUUAUUCAUCAGGGCACUUACUAGUUUUGGUAAAAUGUUGUGUGGGACAACUACAGUAUGUUCAGAAACAACCACACUUUUAAAGCCUUAUAAUUUUGUUGAAUUACUUGUUACAUGUAUAUAUGUUUAUAAUGUUUGUAAAUGUGUAAAUGACAUUUUUAAUUUAUCAUAAUUAUUGUGAUUGCCUAGGCCUUAAUCUUAAUGUAGUAAUAAAGUUAUUACCAUAACCAU